AUGGAAAUAAAGACGCAACAACUGAUAAUGCAAAAUGUGUGUGAUAUUGAAGGUGUAAAGAAAUAUUACGUACAUUACAAAGGAUGGAAUUCACGUCAUGAUGAAUGGAUAGAUGCAAUGCGUAUUGCUUAUAAAACUAAGGACCCGGAACCAGGACUUGAAGUAGAUAAUGCGGAUUCUUCAAAAAGCAGUCCUCCAGAACAAAAAAAUGUGGAUUUAAAAAAGGUACCGCUAAGAAGUAGUAAAACCAGAAGUUCAGUUACUCCACUUACACCAAAAUCAAAUGUAAAAAAAUCACCUUUUAGCAGUGCUCGACCAACCAGAACAUGUACUUUGACUGAUCGUACCUUAUAUAAUAUUGAUAAUUCUGAUUUGGAAGGAAAAUACACAGUAAGUGAAGGAUCAUACAAACAGUACAGUAUAAAAAAAGUCAUAAAAUCAGAACCAGAUGUUAUUAUAAAAACUGAGCCUUUAGAUACUGAUGAUCAUGAAAAGACUGAAUAUCCAAUCAUAUAUCCUAUGAAAAAAUUACUCUUGCGGCGAGUUAUUAGCAGUCAAUUGAAUGAAGUUGAUAUAUGUAAGCAAGUUAUACUUGAACAGCCAUUUGAACCUCCAAGUUAUAGUAUAAAGCCAAAUGCAGAUAAUGAAAAUAUAGAAGCACAGAAUGAAAAUAAAAUAGAGGGUAUACAAAUUGAACUAAAAAUUGCUCCAAAUCAUUGUUUGUCACCGAAAGUAAAAUCUAAAAAUAAUGAUCCAGAGUAUUUUAACAUUAUAAAUGAAAUUGAAAAUCCAAUUAUGAUAAAUCAAUCCAACAAUGAUUCUAAUGAAUUUCAAAACUCGAUAAGUGAAGGUGGUAUGGUAAAUACGCCAAAUAUUAAUGAAAUUGAGCAACGUUUUCAGUAUGUUUCUGAUUCAAAAUAUGAAGUUUUGGAUCUGAGCAUGAAACCACCUGAAUCACCACCUACCAACAUUUUUAGUAUGCCAGAGCAUUAUGAAUCUAAUGACAUGAUUGUUGAAGAAGGAGAUGAUGAUGAAGAUUAUGAUGAAUCAAAAUUAGUUAAUGCUGAAAAUUAUAAAAUAGAAAUUGAUAACCAUAAGGAUUCUGAUCUUGUGGUUAUUAGCAAAAAACAUAAUUCUUCCAAUGUACAAAUUGAUAAAAACAUAGAAUCACAGUCCCUGCCACUACUGCGACCAUAUAAACAUACUAAUAUUGAAAUAGAUUAUAAAAGAUCAUCUCAUGUAAAAAGAGAUAUAAGUAUACCUAAAGAUACAGAUGAUCAAAGUACCGCAUACUGUAACAAAAGCUUUCAAUAUUCUCUUGUUCAAAGAAACCAUUCGAGUCAAAAUAGACUAUAUAUGGAUAAUAAUUAUGAAAAUACAAAAUCUUGUUUUGAAUUUUAUCCAAAUUCUAAACCACCUUCAAUUGAAGUUAGAGAAGUCAUUGCUGAACCUUCAAUUAAUGAUAAGCCUAAAACAUGUGAUUUUGUAGUAAAAAAUGUUAAAGAUAAAUAUAAUAAAGAAAAAACUAUGGUGCUUCCAGAAUUGAAAUGUAGAAAAGAAAUAGAAGAUAAAGAUACUCUCAAAAACCUUUUAAAUAUAGAGUACAAUUGUAAAUCUGCAGAACAUGGCAUUUAUAAGCCUAGUACUAGUAAAGGUUUCUUUGAUUCGAUAUAUCAGCCAGGUACAAGCAAAAAUAGUUUUUAUGUAGCUGACACAAGGAGUGACGCAAAAAAUAGUUUCUUCGAAGCUAGUCAAGCAGUCAAAAAUGUUAUUUUUGAUACAAAUGUCCAUGGAAAAAGUAGUUUAUUUGAUCCAAAUAUUCCAAGUUGCAGUACCAAAGACUUCUAUGAUCAUAAUAUAUCAAGUACUAGUAAAAGCAACUUUUAUGAAAACUCUUUGCCCAGUACUAGCAAAAGUGUUUAUAAUUCUGAAUAUGAUGUAAAUAGUUUUCUUAUUUGUGAAGAAACGAUACCAGGUAGUCCAACUGGUAAAUCAGAAGAGCAAUAUGAACAAAGAAGAAAAAAAGCUCAAACACUCUAUGAAGAAAGAGAAGCUGCUUCAGCUAUGUAUGCUAUGAAUCAACCUUUAUGUAGACCAAUGAUGACAUUGAUGGGUGCUACGGAAGAAGAAAUGGAAGAAUAUACUAAUAUUCUUAAAAAAGAUGGAGCAAUUCUUGACCAACAACAUUUAUUGUUCUUAUCUGAGAUUUCUAGUAAGAAACUUGGUAUGAAUAUAAAUGAACCAUCAGUUACAGAACGACUUGAAAGAGAACCAGAGACAAUAGUCCAGAAAAUAGCAAAGCCACAAGAAAAACUACAAUUCAAACGCAAAAUUAGUAGUCAUGAACAAACAUCAAAACGCAGUAAAUUAUCUAAUACUACGGCUCCUAUCCCAUCAGUAAGUCGUGUUAAAGAACCAGAUGAAGAAGAAAAAAAAUGGAAAUCUCUACUUUUCAUACCUGUAUUCUCUCCAGAAAUGAAAACGGCUCAAAGGCAAGCUGUGUUAAGCGACAUGAUGAAUAAUCUACAAAAAGAAUAUGCUAUAUUAAAAGCUCGUUUAGUUGUGGUUGGUCGAAGAAAGAAAAAAAUUAAUAAGCGAAAACGGGAGCAGGCCAAAGCUGCUAGACAAGCAGCUAGUAGUGAAUCACAAUAA